AAAAGAAGAACUGCCUAGAGCUCCGAAGAUCUUUCACUCAUUUUAUUCUGACUCCCAAAGGAUGCAGAAGACUGGAUCUACUCAGAAGUCUGUGUUUGCCAAAUCUAAGCCAACAAAAUUUUUACCAAAUAUCCCUCCUAAUUCCCAAAGUCAUCAUACUUCUAAUGUACCUAAGAGGACCCACACACAUUCUGACCAGUCUCGAAGAAACCAUGCAACUGCUGAUCCACUUGAGAGGAGCCACAUUAACCCUGACUCGCUUCAGAUAAGCCGCACUUCUAACCAGCUUCAGAGAUUCCUCACAAGCUGUACUUCUCCCAACUUGUCUGACAAUGAUUGCACUCCACCUGACCUGCUUCAGAGAUGCCAUGCUUCCCCUGAUUCACGACCAAGAAAUAGUGCAACUGCUGAGCCGUUUCAGAAGGUCCAGACUUCCUCUGAUCCACUUCGAAGUGGCCACAAAACUCCAGACUCAGUUCAGAGAGGCCGCAAAUCCCCUGAUCCGCUUCAGAGAAGCCACACAACUGCUGAGCCGUUUCAGAAAGUCCACACUUCCCCUCACCCGCUUCAAAGAAACCAUGCAAAUGCUGACCCGUUACAAAGAAGCAACACUUCCCUUGACCUGCUUCAGAGAAGCUGUAUUUCUCCUGACUUGUUUGAGAUAGAUUAUACUCUCCCUGACCCUUUUCAGAGAAGUCACUCUCCCCCUGACCCACUGCAAAGAAGCUGCACUUCCCCUGAUCGGCGUCCGAGAGGGAUUGUUUAUCACCAGCCACAAGGACUAUUAAGACAUCAAGCUGUUCUUGAUACUUCCCUCCUGCGUAACAUUCUCACAAAUCAAGAAAUCACGAUGGACCAAAUGAAGAUAAUCUAUGGGACAGUUCAGGGUCUAAAAUCUGUCAGUGAAGAAGACAUAGGCCUUGAAGCAAACCUACUGCCAGUAGCUGAUCUUCAGUCUCUGCAAAACUUGGAGGAGCGAUUGAGAAAAUUUCCUGACUUUCAAAAGCAAUUGAUAAGCAUGUUGGCAAUGAAAGGUGGGACAGACACCAGAGAUGGAGUUUGGAGAAUAAUGACAGCAACAAUCACAAACUCCCUGGCCAAGAAUAUAAAUAUGUGUGGUGUUAAUGGGAAGAUCAGCUUUAAAAGCUUGCAGUUACGAAACAUUGUUCUUGGUAAGUCUGUUAAAAAAUCGCCUCACACAACAUGCCACCGAUCAGGAGAUUGAAUCAACCAUUCAAAGAUGGCUUCAGCUUGCUCCUGAUCGAGAUGGAGGAAGGAGAGAGCACUUAAGGAAAAAAGAGGGCCAAAUAGGAUCACUUUCUCCCACACAGGCACAUUCUGAUGUGUAAAUUGUUUUAAUUUGCUCUGUUUGUUUAGAGUAAAUUAGAUUAUAAUGUUCAAAUUUCAGUACUAGAUUUCUUUUAGAUUCAUUUAGUUAGGUAGUUUAUAUAGCGUUCACACAGUUGCACAACUCUAGCUGUCCUUUCUUUUCUUUUUUUGGCUUGUGCAUUACUAAAGUAUGUAAGCUUGAACAUUUAGAAAUUAUAUGCACUUUUACGGGUUGUAAUAAGAUGUACACUUCGAAUGUACAAAAUAAAAUAGCAUUCACACUGUUACACAAUUCUAGGUGUAAUAUAUAUAUAUAUAUAUAUUUUUGACUGGUAUUAUUGUUAAAUGAAAUUUAAAUUGAAUAAAAUAUAGAAUUUUUCUGUGACUCAUUUGUUCACAUGGUUUGGGUAAGAUUAGUCUGGGUUAUGGCUCAGCUUUGGGGUUUCUGGUUAAAGGGUAGUGUUGAUAUGGUUAAUUUAUGACUGAGUAUUGGUACCAAUAAUAAAACAUGUUUUGGCCCAGUUCAGGGCCAGUUAAGGGUGAUUAACUGGCUGAGAUUCGGGCCAGUUAUGGCCCAUGUGUGACCCUUGUCUUUAAUCCAGUUCUGGGCCACCUUAGGGCCGUCAUUCUUUGCAGUACUUGGGCCGAGGGUUAUUGGCUUGUGCCUGAACUAUUUUUGAGAAUUGAAUUUUCUUGUGCCUUAUUUGUUCACAUGGUUUGGGUAAGAUUAGGUUGGGUUAUGGCUCAGUUUUGGGGUUUCUGGUUAAAGGGUGGUGUUGAUAUGGUUAACUUAUGGCUGAGAAUUGGUACCAAUAAUAAAACCUGUUUUGGCCCAGUUCAGGGCCAGUUAAGGGUGACUUACUGGCUGAGAUUUGGGCCAGUUAUGGCCCAUGUGUGACCCUUGUCUUUAAUCCAGUUCUGGGCCACUUCAGGGCCGUCAUUCUUUGCGAUACUUGGGCCGAGGGAAAAGUGA